AUGGAACCCUCGAGUAAAAAGCGAAAGCUGGCCCCCAAGGUCAAUGCCACGCCUCCCAGCAAGCCUCAGUCUUCCCAGUACCCCCACGAAUCGCCUCAACACUAUCCAGUCCAGGAGGCCCCUGCUCCUGCCCCUCUGUCAGAGCGCCAUGACUUUGAAUCCUUCGCCCGCCAUCUUCAAGAUGCGGCCAUGCUUAUCCAGAGGCAGACCGAGCGUCACCCUUACACCGACGUCUCCGUCUUGUUGCUAAGGUGGGAAGAAGAUGAGUCAGUUGACGAGGACUUGGCCGCCCUCGAGCAGGUCUUCCAGAAGCAGUACAAGUUUCGCACUGAGCGAUGGCAUAUUCCCACCGUGCCCAAUCCCAGCAUUAAGCUUGGGGUUCAGAUGGCGAGCUUCCUCGAGCACGCCCGAGCCAACCAUCUUCUCAUCAUCUACUAUGCUGGCCACGGCUACGUGGGUUCCGAUGGCCAGCUCUACUGGGCUUGCAAUGCUCGGGAAGAUGCCGCAAAGCUCAAGUGGGAUGGCGUCCGCUGCUUAUUUGAGGAUGCCCAGUCGGAUAUCCUCUUGCUGCUUGAUACCUGCUCUGUCCCAGACCCUCGCAUGGCUGGUAGCCAUGGCGUUAAACAAGCCAUUGCAGCAUGCACCUCAGAUCGUAGUCCCUCUGACGGCUCGGAGCGUUCCUUCACAUCCAAUCUAGUUGAGGCUCUGAACAAGCUCAAUACCGGCCGUCCUUUUACGGCACAGAGGCUACAUGAGGAAGUGUUGUCAUUGAAGCAACAGCAAUCAAACCAGGCUCCACGAAUAGCCAACGGCAGCACGGCCAAUUCUCCAUCUUCUCAACACCCCGUUUUCAUCCCGCUUACUCCUGGGAAGGGCCAAAGUCUCAGCCUCGCACCGAUGACUUCUAGGCCCCGCACUGGCUCACAGAAUGGCCUUGACACGGAUGGCCAGGGUAAUCGAGAUCGUGAAGAGCAACUGAUUGACCCAGAGUCUGUCGUCGACCUUCGAUUCGAGGAGCAUCGUGUUCUCGUCUGUACCACAUUCGUUGGCGAUGCAAGCCCAGACAUGUCGUUCUUCUCCCAGUGGCUGCACAACACACCACCUCUUGGCGACAAGAUUGCAGUUGAAGGCAUGUUCUUGGGCCCACCCACCAUGCUCCUUAUUUCCAUGCCGCACUCUAUCUGGAACGUGGUGCAGCAUGAUAAGGUGUGCUGUUUCUUGGGGUACAUCAGUUCCCACAACAUGAUUCAUCUUUACCAUAGACUGGUCGGCUCUUCUGGCAUCAAGCCGUCUGCUAAGGAAGUCGAGGAUGGCCGCAUUCUUCUCGAAGCGAGGGACCAUGCAGUUGGCACGCCCGCGCGUAUCCGCCGUGACGACGGGCACGAACACACCUAUCACUCCUCGGCCACGAGAGACCCGCCAAGCUCUGUUGAACGGAAUGACUAUAGAUCACAAGCAAGCCCCACGUCGGCGACCUAUGCCAACUCAUCAGGACCUCGACCCAAGGCUAAGGAUGAUGUCGAAGACUCAGCGGAGAUGCAAGAGGCCGCAGAGCAGCUCAAGGCCUUGAGCCAUGUUCGACACCGAAGCGAUGAGACGCCUCAGCAUGCACCCCGUCCUCGAACAAUUCUCCCCGACGGAAUGCCUGAAAUCAGAGCCGAAAACGAUGGCGAUGAGGCUGCUGGCGAUGAUCCCCUGUCACUUCGAAGCACGAACCCGACAGCAAAGGCGCCGCGCCGUUCACUGCCCAAACAAGACACACGUUGCAAUCAUUGCAGUCAUGCGCCAUUCAAGGACUCUUCUUCGCUGAGAAAGCACAUUGCCGCAGCUCAUACCAGGCCAUUCCCAUGCGCAUUCUCGUUCGCAGGCUGCACAAGCACAUUUGGGUCAAAGAACGAAUGGAAGCGACACAUUGCUUCGCAGCAUCUGUGCUUGCAGUACUACCGCUGCUCGUCGUGCCCGCAAAGCGCCGCAGACGGCAAAGGAAACGAGUUCAACCGAAAAGACUUGUUCACACAGCACUUGCGGCGUAUGCACGCGCCCUUCCAAAUCAAGCGGGCUAUCGCAAAGGGCGACAGUAAAAUCCAGACGGAAUGGGAUACUCAUGUCAAAGAUAUGCAGCAAAGUUGUCUUGUCCAGCGGCGUCACCCGCCUCAGCGUUCAGCUUGCCCAAAACAAGGCUGUCAAAGCGUCUUUGAAGGGCCCUCGUCUUGGGACGAAUGGACAGAGCAUGUGGGACGGCACAUGGAGAAGGGCGAGGGGGGUAGGCUUGGCGUUGACAGCCUUCUGGCUCAGUGGGCCUUGGACGAAGGCAUCAUUGAGCGCAAGGCAGACGGCGAGUACCGCUUAUCUGCUAGCAAUGGGAUGGGAGGACCUCCAAGUAGCAGCGGACCACCUCCGCCAGCCUUGGAGCAGAAGGACUCGACGUCCAUGUCGACACACGAGACGUCGCAGAUCGAGGACACGAUUGCCGUGGAGACGAAGCCUCCAGAGGACAGGAUGGAGGUUGAUACGCCCGAGUAA